UGUAUCACAUGCAGGGACACCUCCAGGCAUCAUUACUGGUACAUACAUGUAUGUAGCUGUUCCGCGUCAUCUUCCCGCGAACACAUCAAAUAUACACAAUCGCUUUAUAUCCAAGAACGAAAACGAAUUGAUUGAAGUACCGAGAUUACGAUCCAACAAUGAGGGCUUGCCCUUGUCCUAUAAGCAUUCUCCGCUGCUGAACGACCUCUGAUCUAUACGGUUUCCCUGGCCGCGUUGUGAUGCGACCGGGCUUUUUCCUACCGCAAGAAUGCCGCGAAGGGUACAAAACUACGAUGACUACAGCUCCGCCGUCCAACAGAUCAUCUUAUCUACCUCAGACACCGAAUUCCUCGAUCAACUGAUACCCGUUUUGAAAGAUGCGACGGCGACCGGUCGAGCGCUUACCCUAACGCAGAAUCUAUCGCAGUAUGCCGAAGACCGGGAGACCGAGAUCGAAAGGAUAGGUUUGACAAAGCACGAGGAGUUCCUGGACUCCGUCAACCAUCUCCAAAAUGUUCGCGAGCGGACUGUUGCUUUGACGGCCGACAUCCUCGAGUUGAACCAGUCUAUUCAAGCUAGUACGGAGAAGUUAGCGCAGCAGAAACAGGCAUUGGUCAACACACGAGCUGUUAGAGAAAAUAUCUCGGAUGUAUCAGACGCUCUGAAAGAAUCUCUGAAGAUCUUACACGCCGUCAACAACGCCCAUGAGCUUAUUCGCAAAAAAGGGUACUACGCCGCGCUCAAGUCCCUCGAGGACCUCCAGAACGAAUUCCUCAUUCCGAUAAUACAGAACAACUAUGCCACCCAACACCAACUCGCCAACUUGAUACAGAAAUCCAUACCCGCAUCACAGAAAACCAUCUCCGAGGCAGUCAUGACAGAUCUCAACACUUGGCUAUUCCGAAUUAGAGAAACGUCGCAGUUCCUUGGAGAGGUGGCAUUCUAUCAUACCGAGAUGCGCCGGACACGACAACGAGAGAGAGCGGAGAAAGACGAGUUUUUGAAUAAAUUUAAGCUGAACUCUGCCAUCGAGCUGGUCUUCGAUGAGAGCGAGGAUUUUGACGUGCUAGACAACGAGGAGCUAAAGGUUGAUUUCACACCCCUUUUCGAAGCUCUGCAUAUCCACGAGGCGUUGGGACAGAGCGACAAGUUUCGGUCGGAAUACGCCGCUACAAGACGACGACAAAAAGAAUUACUUCUACCGAGCUCUGUGAGCUUAAUUACCGAUGACGAGUCGUCGCUGAGCAGUUUGUUGGAAGGUAUUGCUGGGUUUGCCAUUAUCGAAAAGGCAACGAUGAGACAGGUUCCCCAGCUGCGCACAGCUAUCGAUGUCGAGGAACUGUGGGAUUCGAUGUGUUCUACGGCAAUAUCUCUAACGAACAAGGCGUUAAGCGAUAUCAACGAUGCCCAAGUUCUUUUGAACACCAAGGGAAGAAUCGAUCUCUUCAUCCUCACAAUGGAGGGAUGGGGAUACUCCGUUUCAAGACUAGACGAGUUUUUGGUCGAUCUCUUUGAUAGAUAUGCCGAAAUGCUGAAGAAAAGAUUCAGCGAUGACUUUCAAGAGAUUGUAUCUACUGAUGAUUACAUGCCGAUGGCCAUCAACACUAGAGAAGAAUAUGAGAAAGUUGCUAAUGUCAGCUGGUUUACUCCGGAUAAACCUAUCGAGGAGCUCACGUUUCCAUGCGUUCUGCCCUUCUCUCAAAUGUAUCCGUUGUGUUGUAUUGACAUCAGGAACUUCCUUAACCAAUUCUAUUUCUUCUCGGAUGACCAUUUCCAACAUCCGAAUAAGAUCGACGAUACGCUGCGCAAGUCGCUCGACGAACUUCUCACGGAGAAAGUGUGCCAAUCUCUGGUAGAGAGGCUCAGCUCGCAGUAUCUCGGCCAGAUAGUGCAAAUCCUGAUCAACUUGGAGCAUUUCGAGAUCGCCUGCCAGGAGCUGGAGCAACUCCUAAUCCGAGCCCGGUCCUCGGGGUCUGCCGGCGGACCCUUGACCUUGGCGGCCACCGAGCAGUUUAGGGAGAACAAGAAGACGGCCGAGAAACGCAUCUUCGAGCUCGUGAACUCCAAAAUCGACGACUUGGUCGAGACUGCCGAGUACGACUGGACGGCGUAUAACAAACCCACGGAACCAAGUAACUACAUGCAGACUCUGACCAGAUACCUCUCCAACAUCAUGAACUCGACGCUGUUGGGACUACCCAGGGAGAUCAAGGAGCUUAUAUACUUCGACGCGCUCAGCCACGCGGCGAACAAGAUUCUCGCCCUCCCGCUCUCCCCCGACGUCAAGAAGAUCAACCCGAACGGCGUCGCCGCGCUGGCCAUGGACGUCGAGCAUCUGACCACCUUCGUCGACGGCCUCGAGAACGGCUUCAUGCUACGGUCCAACCUCGACGAGCUGGAGCAGACCAUCCAGCUGCUGCAGUCCGACAACACGGACGAGUUCUUCGACAUCUCGACCCGGAACAAGAAGUACGGCCGCGUGGACGCCAUCAGCGGCCCGACCUUAUUGGAGAAGCUUACCCAGCAGAUCUCGGGUCCCGGCCAGACGGCCCAGCGAUUCGCCAAUUUCUCCUCGAACCUGUCGUCGCGAUUCGGUACGAAAUAAAAGGAGUUCGGACGAAAUGUGCGUGUCAUUACCACCACCACCGCAUUAACUUGAUGUUAUUCCACAUCGCAUCGCACAUCACAUCACAUCACAUUAUGGAGGGGCGCGCGUGUAUCAGAUGAUAAGAUACCUGAGAGCGUGUAUAAAAUGAAUUUGCAUUUCGUUGCGCUAAACAACGCUGUAAAUGAACAGCAGAUAGAGAGAGAAAACCAGUGUGUCUGACCUAUAAAUCCCCUACGCCGUACUGUUGAAAAGGAAAAGAAAAGGAAGAACGUUGUGUCUGUCGCCUAGUAGUUGUAGUA